AUGACGACGCUAGAAACAGGACCGCCGCCGCAAUUUGAUAUAACGCACAAAACCGAACCUGGCUACUGUCCUCCAACCCCAGCCGACUUUUCCGCCUUCAUCCCUCACUCCUCCAACAUCAGCUCUCUGACGCCCUCCGCCGACUCCAUCAACCAGUCGACCUCACCCUCCUCAUCUUCUGACAACUCCACAAAUUCAUCCACAGAGUCGCCACAAUUCUCCUAUCCGUUUUUCAGUCCCCAAAACAGUCUCAAAGCUCCAUCGAGUUACCCGUCUUAUGACUCCACGCCCAUGUACCACCCUUACAACUCCGGCGCGCGACCCAACGCAGGUCCCAACCCAAACUUCUCCAAGAUCAAAGUCGAGAUUGAAAUGCGCUGGGGACAGAAUCAAAUGCCGAAUUCAUUUCCACACGGAGCAAGUGCUGGUCCUAUCCCUGGUCAAAUGCCUUCCUGGCCUCCUCAGCAGCUUCCCGCCACUACAAACACAGGGGCGACAGGAGUGCCAAGUCCAAAUCCAAUAACCGACCCACAAACAAGUCAAGUUCCACCAGCUCCAGCGGCCAUUACAGAUUCCUCGCCACCAGUAACAGUUCCCUCUCCAACCAACCCUCUUCCUUCUCUUCCCGUCUCAACUCCAAUCAGCAGCUCCCAGAGCUCCCAAGUUCUUCCAGCUCCGUUCCCGAAUCCAGCUCACACGCCUCUCAUGCCACUGCCCGUCGAUCCGUCUCAAUCACAAAUGCCUUCAAUGCCUUUCCCUGGCAUCCCUGCAGUCUCCUCCGGCCUCGAAGCACCAUGGACAGGAGCCUGGUCAACGCCGCACCAAAUGCCACAAGGAAUGGGAAUGGGUUACCCGUUCGCUCCAGAAUGGGGCUGGCCAAAUCGACUGUAUCCAGACUUUGACCCGAAUUUGCUGCCCCAAGAUUUUCUCAGAGGACAAGGUCUCGGAUGCCCGCCGGCUGGAUUGAGUGUUCCAAGGAGGACGAGAAAAGCUCCUGGAAAGAGAAAAACAACUAUUCAUAGAUGCGAAUAUCCCGGCUGCGCAAAAACUUACACAAAAUCGAGUCAUUUAAAAGCUCAUUUACGGACUCACACAGGAGAAAAGCCCUACAAAUGCACUUGGGAAGGCUGCGGUUGGAAAUUCGCGCGCUCUGACGAGUUAACCCGACACAUGCGAAAACACACUGGACACAGGCCAUUUAGGUGUACUCUCUGCGAACGCGCAUUCUCACGCUCUGACCAUCUCAAUCUUCACAUGAAGCGUCAUUUGUAA